CAUGCAGCCACCGACCUCACCUCUUCCGUGCCUCCGUCGCGCACAUCACCUCUGGGGCUCAACCCGCCAUAUACUUAUAAGACAUGGCUCCUGAGAUCAUAGAACCCGUAUAUCAAGCGAGCGACGCUAUCGUGUCGUCCAACUUCUCCCCGUUCUCACCUUCCGUCUCUAGAGCACGGCGGUCGGUCUCGAACACUCACGCUGGCCCGUCACGUACUGAAAGAACCCAAAGCGCAAGUAUGCUGCCAAGAAGGAAAGAUAAGGGUGCCCUAGUCGGUGAGCACGCGCCAUUGCUUGGUGCGCCGUCGAAGAAGGUCAAGAAACCAUUCUUUCGUCCGAGGCCUAUGUGGCUAGUCCCCUUCGCCGUGGUUGCAUCGAUUGUUCGCGGAAUGACUCUUGCGCCGCGAGUGCAAGUCUUCACACAGCUAUCGUGCAACGCGAUAUACGGCCACGACGUCUACGAUCAUACCAACGUUUCUUCCGGUUUCUUACCAGCCGAACGAAUCAACCACCUUCCUUUGCAUUUCUCUCUAGAUCCUUCUGGCCCACACCUAGACACCUAUACGCUUCAUUCCUUAGAUUUGGAGUAUCAUUCCUCUCCUGUCGCUAUUCCUCUCACUGACAACGAGGAUGACGACGACGACGAGCCUGAUCCCCGCUCAGCUCCUUCCAAACGAUGUCUCUCAGACCCCGCCGUACAGGCUGGCGCAGCCCGUAUCCAGACUAUCAUGACGACAACGAUGGGUGCCCUAUCAGCGCUGACCACAGGUUGGUGGGGCCAUUUCGGCGAGCGGCACGGUCGCACGAGAGUCCUCGCUGCAUCUACCCUGGGAUUGUUCCUCACCGAUUUGACAUUUAUCCUCGUAUCCACACCUCACAGCAUCUUUGCCGCCCACGGACAUAAGUUGCUUAUUAUCUCACCGUUUAUCGAAGGUCUGCUCGGAGGCUGGUCAACGCUGCAGGGCGCGACCUCUGCCUAUGUAUCCGAUUGUACCUCUGACGGCUCUAGAGCCCAUAUCUUCAGUCGAUUCACUGGCGUGUUCUAUCUCGGUUUCUCACUUGGUCCUGCGCUCGGUGCUUUCCUCAUACGACACCCACUUUUCCCCGUGGCAGGCUCGAGUUUCCAUAAUGGAGCUCCGACAGUGACUUCGGUGUUCUAUGUUGCUGCUGUAUGCUCGUUCGUCAAUUUACUACUUGUCGUCUUUGUCUUUCCGGAAUCAUUGGAUAAGAAGAAGGCUUUACAACUACAACGACAGAGUCAACUUCCUGAUGUUAUGGACGAUGAACAGGGCACUGCACACGAGAAGAAACAGGGCAUCAUACACAGGUUCUUCAGUCCAUUUACCAUAUUCCUGCCGAAGAAGAUCCAGACUCCGGAAGGGAAUUAUAGGUAUGACUGGAGUUUGACACUACUUGGACUGGCGCUAUUUGGAUACUUGCUUUCUACGGGUAUCUUCCAGAUUAAGUACCUGUACGCAGAGCAUGUUUACGGGUGGGGUGCCGAACAGCUCAGUUACUACAUUUCGUUCAUGGGCGGAGCUCGUGCGCUCCAUCUUCUGCUUAUCAUGCCUUGGGUCAUAUUGACCUUUAAACCCAAACCCAAACCGAAGGCGAAGUUCGCUCAGAGCGUAACUCCAGCGAACUCUGUAGUUACACGUUCGACUCCACUUAUCAUUACAUCCCCUGUCUCACCCGCCACAACCGCGAAGAAAUCCAAACCUACACUUGCGCUCCUUGUCAAGGAAAUGUCUUUCGAUCUCAUGCUUAUUCGCAUCUCAUUAUUCCUCGAUUUUCUCUCGCACGCUCUCGUUUCGAUUGCACCUCCGGAUGUUUCAGAAGGGCCGUUUGUUGGCUUCACGGUCUUGAGUAGCUUUGGUGCAGGCCUCAUUCCUGCUACGAAUAGCUUCGCGUUGUGCGUUAUGCAAAUGCAGGCUGCUGCAGAUGUGGGGGUUGGGAAUGGCGUGAUUCCUCCGGUUGAUGGAGGAGCUGGGAGGCUGUUUGGUGCGUUGGCCGUUUUGCAGGCGGUUGGGCAAAUGAUUCUCGGUCCCAUGCUCUUCGGGCUUAUCUACAGCACCACGGUUGCCAAGUUUCCGAAGACAAUUUUUAUGACUGCUGCGGGGAUCGUGCUUUUCUCCAUGGCCCUUAUUAGCAUGAUUCGUCCCGAUGUUGCUUUCAAGUCAAGGCAACAACAACGCAAGGCUAACCGGAUAAGAGACGACUUCGAGAUCGAACGUGGAAGGUCACGUAUAAGCAAGAAUUUGUCCAACCUGGCCUCCCCCUCUAGCCCAUUGUCGGGUACAUUCUUCCAAGAGGGGUCCUCGUCAAGCGGGUCUCUCGGGUCGGUUGGGUUCAGUGCUCCGAGAUCGUGAGCUUGUAUCUGUAUGGUUUAGACUUUGGGGGUGUUUAGAUAUAGGUAUACUGGUGGUGUUGGUCUAAUAUGGCUGGACGGUUCUCAUUUUUUAUUUCAUAUUCUUUGCAUCGCUUUAAUCUCUUUAUGCUUGUAUCAUAUGCUGCAUCGGAACUCUCUUCAAUGUGUACAUAUAGCAGUGGGUGCUUUGACACCUAAGAGGAAAUGUCUUCACUUUCACGGCAACGGCUC